CGCGUAUCCAGCUACGUAACUUUCACACGAGCUUUUUUUCAACUCAAAGCCCGAGAGCGUGGUGAGUUUCUUACAGGCUUUGGAGAGCAAGAAUUAACGACAUUUAAACGGAUUGAUUUUUUUACGAAAGGAAGACAGAACGAAUUUGUUUAGUUCCAUUAAAUAUUUUCUUGAAAAGAGAAUCCCGUGGAUCAGCGGAAUAUCUCAGCGGAGGCACCGGUCGUCUUGGGCCUCCGACCACAUUUACUGGCCUGAAGGGAAGAAAAAAAAGUUUGUUGUUGUCACGUGACCCUCCGCCGGGUUAAUGUGUCCUUAAAAGUUUCAUUUCCAUUUUUAUUUAUUUAUUGUUUAUUUAUUACUUCCAAUCACUGUGUGAUUUUACCACAAUGCCCCAGCCAAAACACAGGAAGAUUGCAGUUUUGGGAUAUCGUUCAGUAGGAAAGUCGUCUCUCACUAUUCAGUUUGUGGAAGGACAAUUUGUAGACUCAUAUGACCCCACUAUUGAAAACACCUUUAAUAAACUGGUCUCUGUGAAUGGACAGGAUUUUAAUCUCCAGCUGGUUGACACUGCUGGUCAGGAUGAGUACUCAAUCUUCCCACAGUCUCAUUCUUUGGACAUCCAUGGCUAUGUGCUGGUAUAUUCGGUGACAUCACAAAAAAGCUUCGAGGUAGUUCAAAUUCUUCAUGACAAACUGCUGGAUAUGGUUGGAAAAGUACAGGUGCCAACGGUUCUUGUUGGAAAUAAAAAGGAUCUGCACAUGGAGAGGAUGAUUAAACCAGAAGAGGGGAAGAAGCUGGCUGACUCAUGGGGUGCAGCUUUCAUGGAAUCUUCUGCCAAGGAAAAUCAGACUGCAGUGGAAGUAUUCAAGAGAAUCAUCAUGGAGAUGGAGAAAGCUGAUGGCAACACACAGUCAGAAGAUAAAAAAUGUGCUGUGAUGUAACAAUCUAGAAUUGCAAGCAGGGGCUAGAAGCCAUACAGUUCGAGCUCCUGCCACAUCAGAUCAGCAGCCCAACUCUUCUUAUCACAAGGCAAAUAAUGCAGUGGUGUGUAAUUUGCCUAUUUCAAAAUUAUGAAAUGGAAAAAAAAAAAAAAAAAAGACCACAGCAUGACUGGCUGAAGCUAAUGAUCCACAAGAAUCUGGAUCUGUUCUUCUGCACUGAAUGUACCAGCUUCUUGAUACCUGCCUUGGACUGGCAGACAACAGAAGCUCCUUUGCAGUAUUUUGUAAACAGAGGAAUACUAUCUUUACUCUGGCUAACACAAUUAGGAACUGUACCACAGAGGAAGGCUGCUGAAAAUGGUGCUGUUUUCUUUAAUGCCAAAUGUUUAUGUAACCUUUUCUUUGGGGGGGUCUGGGGGGGUGUUUGGAGGGGUGCGGUAUGAGGUGGGAGAGAUUUUCAGCAAAUUAAAAAAAGCUAAUUAAAAAAAAAAAAAUCAGAAACAUAUCUUUCCCCUGACACAUUGGUGUAGAUAUAUAAUAGCAGUUCUCACCUGUCUUUUAUGUUUUGGAGGAUUCCAUUUGCCUGUGUUGUGAAUCUUCCUGGCUGGUCUCUGCAUGUCCUAUGCAGAUUUUACUAAUAAAAAAAACAAUAGCUGCAUGAUGAUUUGUGGCACACAUCAAAACACUUAGAUUGAUUCCACAAUGCCGCUAUAGCUGAUAAUUCAGCUUUGGAUAUAGCAGAGGAAGUGCUGAAAGUCAGUUAGACUGUACUGUAUGUAAUUUAAAUCAUGGGUUUGCAAAAGUAAUUGCUUGUAAAUUCUGGGGUAAGGUAAUUCUAAAAGGGUACUUAAGUAACAUUUUCUACUGAGACCAAAGCACAGGGAGAUGUUUUGUGAAAAGAAUGUUGGUAGAGUGGUUGGGGAGUACCAGGAAAAAAUUAACCUUAGUGCUAAUUAAAACAUGUUAAAAUUGGACUUCUAAAAAUCUUUUUAAGAGCAGAGAAAUCUCAGUCAAAUUGGUGAGAGCAGCACCUUAAUUAAGUUCAUCUCUUACAACAAAUCACUUAGCAGUGUGACACUAUAAAAGUGGAAGUUGUGUAGACAUUUGCAAUCUGUUAUGUUCAACUAAACAUUUUGUGAACCUGAGUGCAAAUGCAAGUGUAAAAAAUGUUAGGUGUAGGCCAUUUUAUUUUUAAAAAUACCCCCUCUCCCCCUCCCAAAAAAAAGGCUGCCAAGCUAUUUGUAAUUUGGCAUCUGUUGUUUACAUUUUAAGCCUGUUUUAAUGAAGAACUUCAAAAAGUACAGUAUGUUCUUCACUGUUCAUUUUUAAAGCAUUUGGGUGCCUUUAAUGCAAAUACCCUUAAGCACAAAGUUAACACCUCCCAGUAAAUAUUUAAAGCGUUUUGCGUCAUAUACACAUGUACUGAUGGUCCAUUGUUGAGGAUGUAGAAAAGUAGAACACACUGAUUUUGUGAUUCUAAUAUGUGUUGUAUAUUUGAUUACAAAUAUCUGGUAUAUAUAUAAUAUAUAUAUAUAUAUAUAUAUAUAUAUAUAUAUAUAUAUAUAAACUGCGGUGGGUUGGCACCCUGCCCUGGAUUGGUUCCUGCCUUGUGCCCUGUGUUGGCUGGGAUUGGCUCCAGCAGACCCCCUUGACACUUUGUUCAGAUUCAGCGGGUUGGAAAAUGGAUGGAUGGAUAUAUAAAUAAUAUGUUCAGUCUAUAUCAAAAUAUUUAGAAGGGUUAUAUCUGAUGAUUGCAGAUUCUUUUUAUUUCAUGUUCACAGUGCUAGAAUAAUGUAAGUGAUAGAUAUGAAAAAUGAAACUAUGCAGCAAUGCCUAAUAAAUUAUCUGUUUUAUCUUAUGUAAAGUAAGGUCCUGUGUAGAGACAUUACUUUUACAAAAAGUAAUGACCCUCCAGAGUGCCGCUUACAUUGUUAUCAUAAACGCCUUACUUUUUGGAGUUUCCCUGGCCACAUGUACAUCAGCGAUUAUUGACUUACUGUACCUUAAAUGUCUAAAGUGAAACUUAAAAAUAGGUGUGUAUGCUUCUGUUGCAUAGACCAAUUUUCUGAGAUUGCAAUUAUCAGACUAGUAUUUAAAAACAGCUUUUUUAAAUUAUUGCUUUACUUAAUUAAGCUAUGUUUUGUUUAAUCUGAAUGUGAUGUGUGGAGGCCAACUAGGUUAUAUGAGAUAAUCCUUAAAAAAAAUUAAGUGUAUUAUAAAAUGAUUACAUUAAGUAGAAAGAUAAGUCUAGGAGGUUUCCAACUAAAAUGAAAAACUUGCCUUAUUGAGGAGCUCUAAAACUAGAUAUGAAGAUCUAUGGCUGGGGCUCCAUUACAUGGUGCACUAUUAUUAAUUAAAUAUGUGCAUGUAAUUAAAUUAAUAAGCAAUAAGGCCAUUGAGUGUUUUCAUUGAUAAGUCAAGAAUUAGUAAUCUUGUAUGUUAAUCUUUUUCUUCAAAGGUAUAAAUGAUGGACUAGGAAAUACUCCCUUACUAGUGUCCCAAAAUAAGUAUUGUAGUUCAUUGUUCUUUAAGUAAUUCCAUCAGAAUAAGGUGCUAAGCCAUACUAUUAAAAUUAAUUACUAGGUUGCCUAAUGUGCCUAUUGUCAUGCUUUCUAUCCUGGUAAGAAGUAGCACAAAUACAUUCAAGCAAUGAGGUACUGUACCUGCAUUUUUAGAGUAGGACAUUAAAAGAGAGAAUUAACUAAAGUAGAUUAGACCCAGCGAUGUCAAGUCCCAUACAAAGAAGACCGUUUUCCAAAGAUUGAACUAUUUGUUCAAUUAAUAUUGUCACAUGUAACUGUUUUGGAUUCACAUGCGUUGCAGUUUGAGAUAAACUUUUCUUUAGUUUAAAUGUAUUCGAAUUUAUCUUUGAAAUCUACUUCUUGCAGAAAGACAUCUAAUUUUGAACUCUAAAAGUGGCCACAGUCCUUUUACUUGGUCUAUUAAAUUAUUUAUUAUGCAUUUCCCCCAUAUGCUGGCUUUUCUGCUUGUUUAAUGUCUCAGUUGCUUUGUAGAAAAGCUAAAGUGUGUCAUCUGUCUCCUUUUUUUAUUUCCACUCAAAGUUACAUAAAGGGUUCAGUCAUUCUGUAUCGAUCACACAGCCUGAAAAAAUCGUGGAUCCUUUAUGUUAAGCGGGCAGGGAAAAUAUCCUGUUGUGCUGGAAUUGACACUGGAUGCAUUUAAAGAUUUUAUUGCAGCACAAGUCAAAUGCUGGAUUUCAGGCAUCUGUUUAGUUUCAUUGAUUUAGUUGCAAUGUGCACAUUCUGUUCGUGUUUUGUGUGAUUAUUUUAUUAAUUAUAGUAACAGUAUUAGGGCACUUGCAUUUGUAAUCUGUCAAACUGUUAACAAAACAAUAUUUUUGUGGCAGAUGUUUAUUUUAAAUAUUAAUUUAAGUCUUUCAUAUAUGUAAGUUUUUAAUGCUCUGUGUCCACCUCUUCCCCACCCACAAAAAAAAUACAGAGUGAUGACUUCGAGGGCCUUGCUGAUUACUGCUUUUAACUAAGUCACAGGCAAAUUACUGUAUUUAAACAGAUAUUGUGUCUGAGUUUCAAACUCUCAUGCUUUCUGUGUUUUAUUAAUUUUGUAAAGAUGUAUGCUAUGUGUUUUACUUUCUCCCUUAAUAAGAACUCCUCUUCAGUCUGUCCCUAAAAUAUCAGCUUUUUUCUGGUGAACAAAGAAGCAGAUGACAAUGUGUAGGUCUUCAGUAAAAUGAAGAAUAUUGUUCUAUGAAGAUGGAAAUGGUGAACCUUUACCAAAUUUGUUAUGAUCAAAUUUUUAAAAGAUCAUGCUGGUGAACCCAGUGAUUCAUUUACAGUUCCAUGAAUUUAUAAAAUGAGGUUGCUAAUUCAUAGACAAGUUUAAAAACAAACAAAAAAAGUUGUAAAAAGAAGUAGCCAAGGGAUUUAAUUCAACAGUAAAUAUUGUUUUAUUACAAUUAAGAGCUAAUUUUGAGUCAAAAACAAGCCGCCUCUGUGAUCUGCGAGGAUCGGAAGCAACAGGUGUUAAGUUUUGAAAGCAGCCUGCUUUGCAUGUCAUUAUUCUAAGGAGUUACAGUUUAUGGCUUGUUUUAUUAAACAAAGCUCACAUGGUGGCUGGCCGCAAUACAGAACACAGAUGCUCAAACACUGACAUUUGUCUUGAUGUAACAUGGAAAAAGAGAAUAUUCUGAUGGAGAUCAUGGGCUUCUGUUCUGUUCUUGUAAAAACUUACUUUCUAGUUAAAUGCAAUGGCUGCUCAGGCCUUAUAGUCCAGUGGAUUUAUGAAUGCAAAACACACUGUAAACAAUUUUGUAAAUAAAGAAAUUAUACUCCUUUAA